AACGAGGACAGAGCCGCUCUGUGUGUGUGUGUGUGUGUGUGUGUGUGUGUGUGUGUGCACGUGAGUGAGGCAGUGACGGAGCAGUCCCAGUUUCUGCACUGCAGCUCUCUCAGAUGGGCCUGAAGGAAAUGGAGCUGCAAUAGCAGUGGAGUAAAUCUGGCAACGUGCCAGAGGGAGUAAGACAGAAAGUAAGACAGAAGCGAAGGAGUAAGACAGAAAGUAAGUGAGGGAGAGGGAGAUUGGAUGUCAGCAGCGUGUGUGUGCUGCAGUGACCCGACACUGUGUGUUGGGAUCACGUUGGGAUGAGAUGGGUGAUGGGCAGGUGGUGGGGGAGGGGUGCUGCCCUGAUGCCCUCUUUGACAGUUUUGUGCAGGCGUCGACAUGCAGGGAGACCCUGCGGGCGUUUCAGGAGCUCUGUACUGAGCUCCACCUGCAGCCAGGAGACAAUCUGCUAUUCUACAAGACCCUGAGGUCCAGACUGCACUACUGGAGAGCCAAAGCUCUGUGGGCCAAGCUGGACAAACGAGCCACCCAGAAAGAGUACCAGAGGGGCCAUGCUUGUUCUAACACUACAUGUCUGAUAAUAGGAGCAGGACCAUGUGGGCUUCGCACGGCUAUCGAGCUGAGUUUUCUGGGAGCAAGGGUGGUGCUGGUGGAAAAGAGGGACACUUUCUCCCGGAACAAUGUCCUCCAUCUGUGGCCUUUCACCAUCCAUGAUCUGCGUGGCCUCGGAGCCAAGAAGUUCUAUGGAAAGUUCUGCGCAGGGGCCAUAGAUCAUAUUAGUAUUCGUCAGCUGCAGCUCAUACUGCUGAAAGUGGCUCUGCUCCUGGGUGUGGAGGUUCAUGUGAAUGUGGAGUUCAGGAGUCUGAGGGAGCCUCCGGAGAACCAAGAGAACCAAAGUAUUGGCUGGAGUGCUGAGGUCCAUCCCCCUGCACAUCCAGUGAGUGAGCUGCAAUUCGAUGUGGUUGUUGGAGCAGACGGCAGGAGGAACACCUUACCAGGAUUUCGUAGGAAAGAGUUCCGGGGAAAGCUGGCCAUCGCCAUUACUGCAAAUUUCAUCAACCGUAACACCACAGCAGAGGCCAAGGUGGAGGAGAUCAGCGGCGUUGCCUUUAUUUUCAACCAGAGGUUCUUCCAGGAGCUACGCAGUGCCACUGGUAUUGACCUGGAGAACAUCGUCUACUAUAAAGAUGACACUCAUUACUUUGUCAUGACGGCUAAGAAGCAGAGUCUGCUGGAGAAAGGAGUCAUACUGCAUGAUUAUGCAGACACAGAGGUUUUGCUCUCCAGAGACAAUGUAGACCAGAAUGCCCUGCUGGCGUACGCACGGCAGGCAGCGGACUUCUCCACCAAUCACCAGCUGCCGACUCUAGACUUUGCCAUGAACCACUACGGGCAGCCGGAUGUGGCUAUGUUUGACUUCACAUGCAUGUAUGCGACGGAAAACGCAGCUCUCGUACGGCAGCGCAGAGGACAUCGGCUGCUGGUGGCGCUGGUGGGAGACAGUCUGCUGGAGCCGUUCUGGCCAAUGGGGACAGGCAUUGCACGUGGUUUCUUGGCUGCUAUGGACACAGCGUGGAUGGUUAGGAGUUGGGGACUGAGGCUUGACCCUUUAGACGUGCUGGCUGAGAGGGAGAGUGUGUAUCGGCUGCUUCCUCAGACUACGCCAGAGAACGUCAGUAAGAACCACAGUCAGUACAGCCUGGACCCCGGCACACGCUACCCAAACCUCAACACACAGGUUAUUAGUGCAUCUCAGGUCUGCCACCUCAUAGACACAGAUGAAGGGCCACUUUUGGGAGUUGUCAUGGGACCUUCUCCAACAUCGAGACUUACACACCAAGACUCCACAGCUCGUUCGAGUAAGCUGCUGAGUUGGUGCCAAGAGCAGACGCAGGGCUACAGGAGUGUGUGUGUGACGGACCUCACCACAUCCUGGAAGAGCGGACUGGCACUCUGCGCUCUCAUACACAGAUACAGACCUGACCUCAUUGAUUUCGACUCUCUGGAUGAGAACGAGGCUGAAUUGAACAACCAGUUAGCCUUGGACGUAGCUGAGCGGGAGUUGGGGAUCUCACCCAUUAUGACAGGCCAGGAGAUGAGUGUGCUGGAGGAGAGUGACUCGCUCUGCAUGGUCAUGUACCUCAGCCAGCUUCAAGAUCUCCUCAAAGACACAGCGCCACCCAGUGAGAGUCUGAGUGCUGAGGAGAGAGCAGCUUUGAUGUCUAGCACCAAGUCUCCACUGUCUUUACUCAACAGGCUUGGACAGAGUCUGUCCCGCAAACGUAACCCCAAGGAUAAGAAAGAGAAGGCUGCUGAUGGAGUUGGAAAGAGAAGAAGGACAAGUCAAGCUGGACAUUCAGAAGAUGAGGACGUCCCACCAGUGAGCCCUGGAUCAGAAUCGAGCACAGCAGCGGUUGCCGGUGGCAACCAAAGCCGAGUCAAAUCAAUGGCAUCCCGGCUGUUGGCCAAGUUUGAAGAAAACGCCUCCCCAGCUUCAGCCACUGCGAUACGGAGACAGGUUGGCUCCAUGCCCAAUCUGGAGCAAAUCAUAUCUGCUGCUUCUCUACCUGAACCUCCAGCUGAGCCUGUGGCUCCAGCUUCUGUUCUUGCAUGGAGACAGAAAAAGUGCACACAGCAGCAGGAGCUGAUGAGUUUCCGCUAUAAGGAGCUGAUCAGAGUGCACUCUGGCAGGAGUGAGCAGAAGUACAUUAAGAUGUAUACAGGGGGAGUGAGCUCAUUGGCUGAGCAGAUAGCCAAUCAGCUGCAGAGUCAGCAACACGAACCCAAACCCCUUCUUGACAAAAAGGAGCUGGUUUCUCAGCGGAGAGAGUUCCCUGUGAAUGUCGGCGGCAGUGAUGUGUGUUAUUUCUGCUCCCGGCGCGUCUAUGUGAUGGAGAGACUAAGUGCUGAGGGCAAGUUCUUCCACAGGAGCUGCUUCCAGUGUGCCCACUGCAGCUCUACACUACGCCUCUCCAACUACGCUUAUGAUGAUCUCCAAGGGAAGUUUUAUUGCAAGCAGCACUACGGAUACAGGCUGGCGGGAAUGGCUCAGAGGAAGAGACCAGCUCCGAUCACAGCUCCGCCUCACUCUACGCAGGCACCUCCUGCUCUUCCUCCCACUCCUCUGUCACUCUCCUCCUCUGGAUCAGUAGAAGUGGUCCCUCCCCCUGACAGUGUCUCCUCCAGCACUCCUCCAGACGCUCUGAGUGGACUGGCUAAGCGGCUGUGUGGAACACCGGAGCGCAUUGCACUGGAAAACUACAGGCCGUGCUUGCAGGAGGAGGACAGCCCUCUGCAGGAGGUGCCUGAGGAGACACUAGCUCAGCACAACCUCAGCCUGAGCCUGCAGGAGAAAGGGAGUGAGGAGCAGUCCAGUAGUUCAGAGUCAGAGCUGGAGGAAGAAGCGGAGGAGCCUUGGAGGAAGGGGGUGGAGCCACAGGCCAAGGCAGAUGGAGAGACGGAGUUAAACAGUCGGACAGACCAAAGAAAAGAAGAAGAGAAAGAAAAGGAUGAGCAGGAGGGAGAAGAACAAGAAGACGUUUCUGAAGGAGAAGAGGAUGAAGGGCAGUCUAGUGAUGAGGGCGAAUACUGCCCUUGGGAAAAGGAGUUGCAUUUAGGGUUGUGGCUAAAGGAAGAGGAGGCAGGUGGGAUUAAAGAGUCUGGUGAGGAACACUCUGAUGACCCUGAGGUAAAACCUCUUUCAGACAGAAAGCCUGAAUCAAGUGUCUCUGGGCCAAUGGAGCCCCUUCCCUCGCUAGCUUCAAAAACCCUACACACAUCCAUCAUAGACCCUAUACACACCUAUACACCCACAUCCAACCCUCCUCUGACACCAGAGGACCCAGCAGCCAAGAGAUCUGGGGUCAUUGAGGAAUUCUGGCUGAAGAGUGCAGAAAUCAGGAAGAGUUUGGGGCAAUCAGGGGUGCCUGUGACCUGUGAUCAAAACACCCAGACCUUGAGCACUGGAGAUACAUUUUACACCUCUACACACACAACAUCUGAUUCCAACUUGCCUUCACACACUCCCUGUAAGAGUGACUCAAUCAACCAAACCUCAGGUACACUAACUCAGAGUGCUGGCACUCACAGCACACAGACGCCUUCUAUGACUGACCUACAAAGUGCAUAUACACAUUUCCAAGGUGGUACAUCAUCAUGUGGCAGCUCACACCCUCCAGAAACAAGGAUUGAGAAUGUGUCUGUGAAGGAGGGGAAUAAACUAGAGGAUCAAGUAGCAGAAGAGGUAGUCUCCUCCUCCAUCACCAGUGGAACCCAAAGAGUUUCAGCCCCAGAUUUGCGAUUUUUGCCUCUUCCUAGGAGUCCUCCAGUAGCAAGGCAGAAGCUUGACUUGAAUCGCUCAGAUCCAAUUCUAAACAGGAAAAUCUUGUUGAGUUCCCACACUGUCCCUCUUCAGACUGACCUUGUACAGCAUGAUAGGCUGAAAUCUCACCUGAAUAGAGCUCAGAGUCUACCUCCUGCUGAGGUGGAGGUCUUAUAUGCAGGAGAUGCAGAUGAAUUGCAUCCUUGCCCUGCUAUGCCCUACUAUGCCAGCGUCACAGAAGUUCCUAUGUCCAGUCUCCCAACCGAAACCUCUGGGAAGGACAAGAGUGCACUGGAGGGAAGGAGGGCACUAUCAGAAGUCCCCUUGAAAGUGGGUGGGGCUGAGGCCUGGCAGCAGAGGUCAGAGAUCGAGCCAUUGGAGGAGGAGAAGGUGAAGAAGCGGAGCUCACUGUUCUCACCAAGGAAGAACCGAAAAAGUGGCAACUUGUCAGGGGAAACACAACAGGAGCUGGGGAAACACAAAUCCCUGUGGAAGAGUGUCUUCUCUGGGUAUAAGAAAGAGAAGAAGAGGAAGGAGAUACAAGGUUAUUCCAGGACUCUGCCGAGCACUACCAGCCUGGAAAGCAGGAAGAGAAUGCCUGGCUUUCGCAGAACCUCAGACCUGAGCUCAAUGAAGGACCUGAGCUUCUCUGAAGAAACAGACCUGUGCUGCAGUGUUGUGCUAGACAGAUCUCCACUUAGAGCUCAGCUGAGUCAGGAGGUGUCUGACCUUAUCAGGUCAGAUGUUCAGAAAGAGACAAUCAAAGAGGAGGAGGAUGGCGUGGAGGAGCGAGAGAAGUCUGUUUAUGUGCCCCACGCAUUGGCAUUCAAGAGAGCGUACGCCAUUAAGAAAUACAGCAAGAAGUCACAGAGGCCUGAGAAGAAAGCAGCAACUGAGGAGGAGCUUGACGCCAAGCUGACCCGCAGAGUACAAAGAGCUGCACGCAGACAGGCCAAGCAGGAGGAGCUGAAAAGGCUGCAUCGUGCACAGAUAAUCCAGCGGCAGUUGGAGCAGGUGGAAAUGAAGCAGAGGCAGUUGGAGGAGAAGGGCAUUGCUGUAGAGAAGGCUCUCAGAGGAGAAGCAGUUGAGCCCUUUCUUGGUUCCCCCAGUAGGAGACCCAUCUCCCUCUGUCCUUGUUGUUCCCAAGAAGCUAGAGCCAAAGGCACGGAGCAUGACCACUCUGUUUACGUCUGUACGGUCUUUUUCCUUUACGUAGUCCACGAGCCCCCGCUUCGCCAGCUAAGAAUGGGGAAGAAGGAUGACCCCAGCCUAAUGCACCAGUGGUUUAAACUGGUCCAGGAGAAGAACGCACUGGUGCGCUACGAAUCUGAGCUGAUGAUAUUUGCUCGAGAGCUGGAGCUGGAGGACAGGCAGAGUCACCUGCAGCAGGAGCUGAGGGAACGUAUGGCAGUGGAUGACCAUCUGAAGGAUGAGGAGGAACUGGCAGAGGAGAGGCGAAUCCUGGGCGAGAUGCUGGACGUUGUAGAGCAGAGGGAUGCUCUAGUGGCUCUCCUAGAGGAGAAGAGACUGAAGGAGAGAGAGGAGGACAGCGACCUGGAGGCAGCCAUGCUGUCUAAGGGCUUCAGCCUGCAUUGGGCUUAAAACACACACACACACAAACCUUUUCUGUGUAGAAUAAGGAAGGAGGUGGACAAUGUUCACUGGACACAGGAAAUUAAGGAAACGUCUUCCAUAAACUACAUGAAACUACUUUUGGAUCUACAGAAAUAUGUAUUUCUACUGGACCAUAUUUGCUUGUGCCCGCAAGUGUGAAGUAAUUUAAAAUAUUCUUGGGCAAUUGCGCAAUGUAUAUACAGUAUACUGUGUGUGUGUGUGUGUAUGUAUAUAUAUAUAUAUACAUAUAUAUAUAUAUAUAUAUAUAUAUAUAUAUAUAUAUAUAUAUACAUACAUAUAUAUAUAUAUAUAUAUAUAUAUAUAUAUAUAUAUAUAUAUACACACACACACACACACACAUGCACAAAGAGAGACAAAUUUAAAGAAAUUUGUCUUAUAAACAGUAUUAUGCUAACUGCACUAUGAUAAUAUGCAUAUGUAAACCUUAAAUGCUGCGUUAGCUUCUUUUUAUUAUUAUAUUUUUAUUAUAGUUACUAAUACAGAAGAGAAAUGCAGAGAUUUUUUAGGAGUAUUGCCUGAUUAUAUUUUUGUUGAUUGUCUUUUAAGACAGAAGAAUGGAUUUAGAAAGAAAUGGAUUUAGAUUUUAAAUCCUAUGUGUGAUUGUUGAAGAUGUGCUAACUGAUGCAAGAACAAACAGCCAUGUGUAUAUUUUGUUUAUAACAGUAUUUUAUUGUUUAACCGGAGUUGUUUUGCUAGCUUUCAUGUCAAACUAACACCAGAAUGGAAGCAUCCUUGAAGCAACUACUGUCUGUAAGAAUGUUUAAUUUUUCUGAAUUAAAUUGAUUGCAAUAAUUUAUACACUUUCAAAACGAAGCACUUGUGAGAUGAAUUUCUGAACACUCGAGCACUAUGUUUGGGAGAAAUUCUGUAUUUUAUUAUGACUAACAAUGGGUUUAAUAUAUAUAAAGAGCAACGCUAAUGAAUGUCAUAAUUUUUAAAAUGUAUCAUAAUGUAUUUUGGUCAUUUUGAGUUUAAACAAAAGUAAUAUUCUGUUAUUAGGGUAUUUUAUUUGGGAGUUAGCCAGACAUGAAUGCUGCACUCUGACAUCAGACUGUUCUGGGGGUCGGGGCUUAUUUCUUUGUGGUCAAAUUUGGGGUUUAAUGUCAUACCGAUUUUUGUUUAAUGAUAUACUAUGCAUACUACUCCUAAUAAACCCCUCCCAAAAGCA